AUGGAACGGAAGGUCAUUAAGAGUCGACACGUCCCGCACCACCAGACCUGUCCAGACCCAAGUAGACCCGCAUGCACGCAAGGAGACCGCGCGCACACGAGGCCUGCUCGUCCUUUUGAUGUCCUAGGCCGCCCCAAGCCUAGGCCCGGGGCCGAGAAGGUGACUCCUAACCUAUAUGGGAAUCUAGUUGCAAAUACAGCUGCUGGUAUUGUUGGGGGUACUAGAGUCAUGCCUGGUGGAAAUGUUGGGGCAGAUCAUGCCAUUUUCGAGCAAGGUGCUUCUGCUGGUAAUGUGGGGAAUGAGAAAUUGCUGGAGCAAAAGAAGGCAAAUCCAGUAGGUCUUCUCCUUUCUUCGACUAUGAUGCUAAGACACUUACAGUUUCCUUCAUUUGCUGAUCGACUAGAAACUACUGUGAAGCGUGUUAUAGCCGAAGGUAAAUACCGGACAAAGGAUCUCGGUGGAGAUAGUACCACCCAAGAAGUUGUGGAUGCCGUGAUUUCUAAUCUCGGUUGA